AGGAGAGCGGGCCGCGGCGGGGAGAGGCGCAGCAAGACACCCCCACCGCCCCCUCCUCGCCGCUCGCUCCCCUCUCCCAGCCCGGCGCUCUGCGGGAAGCGGCGCGCUUCCUCUUGGGCUUCCUCGGCUUGCAACAGUGUAACAAAAGGCAGAGUCGCGGAGGGCGACCGCCUGCUAGUGGCGGCGGCGGCAGCUCUGCUCUGCCUCCUGGCUCUGACCCGCGCUGGCCUGGGCGCCUGUCUCCCUCUGCCGCCGCCUUCAUUUUGCGCUGCCCUCCGCGGUCUCUUUCUCUCGCCCGCCCCGUCUGCGUCAGCGCCGGGGAAGGCUCGGGCUUGCUCGCUCCCUUCCUGCCCGCCAUCUUUUGAAGGGGGGGGAAAGGCCGAGGGGAAAGGAGGGCUCGCUCGCUCUCCCGCCACGCUCGCACAAAGGGGAAAGGGGCCCCGGGCGGGCGGCCCUCGCCGUCCAGGCCCUGCGCCGCGGUGGCGGCCGCCGCUUUUGGGCUCCUGGCUCGCCCCGGGGGCGACUCCUUGGUCGGUUGGACGUGUGGAGGCGCCGGCGGCGUUUCCUCCGGCGGAGGGCAGCGGCGGCUCGGCGGCCCGCUGCAUGGCUGGUCCCUGGCAAUGGGAUGCCCUGCCCCCUCAGGGGUCAUAAAAAGGUGACGGUCGCUUUCCAAGCACCUCCUGCUGCUGCCUUGAACGCGCGUGAGACGUUGAGGUGGCUGGAGCAAGAUGUCCGCCGUCCCCUCGGCCAUCCAGGCUCCCCAGGGCCCCGUCAACCCCCCUCCCCCGGAGGUCACCAACCCCACCAAACCUGGGCGGAAGACCAACCAGCUCCAGUACAUGCAGAAUGUUGUGGUGAAGACUCUGUGGAAGCACCAAUUCGCUUGGCCCUUCUACCAGCCAGUCGAUGCCAUUAAACUGAAUUUACCCGAUUAUCACAAAAUAAUUAAAAACCCGAUGGACAUGGGGACAAUCAAGAAACGGCUGGAGCACAACUAUUACUGGAGUGCCAGUGAAUGUAUGCAGGAUUUCAACACCAUGUUUACAAAUUGCUACAUUUACAAUAAGCCCACUGAUGACAUCGUCCUCAUGGCCCAAGCCUUGGAGAAGAUUUUCCUUCAAAAAGUUGCUCAGAUGCCCCAGGAAGAAGUUGAGCUGUUGCCUCCGGUCCCCAAAGGCAAAGCGCGGAAGACGGCUGCGAGCGGGCACAGCACAGCAGGGGCCCAGCACCCACCAGCCUUAUCGUCUGUGUCUCCCCCCACCCCCUUCCAGAAUGCCCCUUCCUCCGUAUCGCAGACGCCAGUCAUCGCUGCCACGCCCGUGCCAACCAUUACCGCAAACAUCGCCCCCAUCGCCGCACCCCCUGCCACGGCGCCCUUGCCUCCUCCCCCUCCUCCUGCCACCCCCAUCAUGCCUGUGGUACCCCCUAUGCCACCGAUUGUCAAGAAAAAGGGGGUGAAGCGGAAAGCAGACACAACCACCCCGACCACGUCGGCCAUCACCGCCAGCCGGAGCGAGUCGCCCACCCCGCUGUUGGACUCGAAACAGGCCAAAGUAGUGGCCCGCCGGGAGAGUGGGGGCCGACCCAUCAAGCCGCCAAAGAAGGACCUGGAGGAUGGGGAGGUCCCUCAGCACGCAGGGAAGAAAGGCAAGCUCUCGGAACACCUCAAGUACUGCGACAGCAUCCUCAAGGAGAUGCUGUCGAAGAAGCACGCAGCCUACGCCUGGCCAUUCUACAAGCCGGUGGAUGCCGAGGCCCUGGAACUGCACGACUAUCAUGACAUCAUCAAGCACCCGAUGGACCUCAGUACUGUGAAAAAAAAAAUGGACAGUCGGGAAUAUCAAGACGCCCAGAGCUUUGCGGCGGACAUUCGGUUAAUGUUCUCUAAUUGUUAUAAGUACAACCCUCCGGACCAUGAAGUUGUGGCUAUGGCUAGAAAGCUUCAGGACGUCUUUGAGAUGAGGUUUGCCAAGAUGCCGGAUGAGCCGGCGGAGCCUCCCGCCCAGCCUCCUCCGGCGGCGCCAGUUGUGAGCAAAAGCACCGAGAGCAGCCACAGCAGCGAGGAGAGUUCGUCGGAUUCCGACAGUUCAGACUCUGAGGAGGAACGCGCCACACGGCUGGCUGAGCUACAGGAGCAGGACUGUUCCCGAUCAUUGAGGCAGUGCUACAAGGUCAAUGACUCCCGAGACUGGAAUGGAUGGAAUCUAAAGGCCGUCCAUGAGCAGCUGGCUGCUCUCUCGCAAGCCCCGGUGAACAAGCCGAAGAAGAAGAAGGAGAAGAAGGAAAGGGAGAAGAAGAAGAAAGAGAAGGAGAAGGAGAAGCAGAAAGCAAAAGCCGAGGAGGAGAAGAAAGCCAAGGUUGCCCAGCCGGCCAAGCAGGCCCAGCAGAAGAAGGCGCCGGCGAAGAAGGCCAACAGCACCACCACCGCAAACAGGCAGCCGAAGAAAGGGGGAAAGCAAGUGUCCGCAGCCUACGAUUCGGACGAGGAGGAAGAGGGCCUCCCCAUGACCUAUGACGAGAAGCGCCAGCUCAGUUUGGACAUCAACCGCUUGCCUGGGGAGAAGCUAGGCCGGGUGGUGCAUAUCAUCCAGUCGAGGGAGCCUUCGCUGCGAGACUCCAACCCCGACGAGAUCGAAAUAGAUUUUGAAACCUUGAAGCCCACAACGCUACGGGAGCUGGAAAGAUACGUCAAGUCCUGCUUGCAGAAGAAACAGCGGAAGCCGUUUUCUGCCAGUGGGAAGAAACAAGCAGCCAAGUCCAAGGAGGAGAUCGCUCAGGAAAAGAAGAAGGAGCUCGAGAAGCGACUGCAGGACGUCAGCGGGCAGCUGAAUAACAACAAGAAGCCUGCGAAGAAAGAAAAAUCCGGCUCUGCCCCUUCCGGAGGUCCUUCCCGCCUGAGCAGUAGCAGCUCCUCGGAAUCGGGGAGCAGCAGUUCCAGUGGAUCCAGCUCGGACAGUAGCGAUUCGGAAUGAAAUGAUGGACUCUUUUUAAAAUGCCCCUGGGCGGCAAACGGACAUCUCACAUGCACCCACCCCAGAAGCUGUGCAGUGUUCCCUUCUUGCCCUUUUAGACAAAGGAACCAGCCUGCUUUGUUCUGUCAGGACCAGCUCUACAUCUCGGGUGUGGUUUUUUGUUUUUUGUUUUGGCCUCUUCACUCUUUUAAAACUCCCCCCCCCAGUGUUAUAAAACGAUAACUUUCCAAAAUUAGAUUUCCUCUCCCUCCCACCCCUUCCCUGCUUUCAUUAGGUCAAAGAUCUUUGUGUGUGUGUGUGCUGUGUGUGUCCGACUAGACUUUAAGGCAAGUCAUUUGCUUUGCUGAAAGUCUCUAAAACUUUUUUAAAAAUGUCUUUUGCCAGCCAGUGAUGAGAAAUGCAGAAAUUCUGAAUGAGAGAUGCAAAGAAACGUUUGCAAGGUGUAAUAUAAAGGGGGGUUGUUUUUGGUAACUUCUCUCUCCCCCCCCCCUUCUUGGAAGUUCCUUUUUAAUAUGGCCCAAGACUAACCAGUCUCUGCAAUGAAAUGGACAGGGAUGGAGGGCCCAAAAACUUUUAAAAUUAGGGGGUGCAGGAGAUGAACUCUCUGUAAAAUGGUACUGUAUCUGAGAGAUGUUAGCUUUUGAAGUAGUUUAUUGUAUUUGUUUUUAUCUCUAGUAUUCCUAACCUCCAGGGGCCUGAUGCACCGCAAAAGUCUCCUGUGCGCAAAUCCCUCCUGUUCAAAUGGAGGGAGCUGUAAAAAAAGGUGUGCCUCCCAAGUAUUUCCCUGGAUGGGAGUGAAGAGGCCUUCAGCAGACUUUCCCAAUGGAUCAGGCCCGCUGUCUCCAUGUACGAUGAAGAUCAUUUAAUUAUGUAUAAGAGGGAAGAAGAAAAAGCUCAUAUACUGUGGAUUGUUUUUUAAAAAUGUACCUUUUUAGACGUUUCUUUCUAACUUUUUUUUUAAAAGAGAAAUUGAUAUAGAGAUUUCUGCUCCUGUUAUGAAAAGUUCUUGAGAGGUUGGCUGACCUAUUAAAGUUGGCAAAUGAAAUAACUGAAAAAACAAACAAGCAAACAGAAACCAACUUUGGGUGGCUGGGGGAUGGAAAGGGGUGGGCCCUAGUAACUCUGGGUGUGCUCACAGAGUGUGGUGGAGGGCUGUGAGCUGCACGAUGUGCAUCACAAGCAGUAGCUCUUAAAAAAAAACUGGGAAUGGUCCAGCCCCACUGUGAGUGCAUGGGGCAUGUGCCCAUUUCGCAGAAUGAAAUAGUACAGCCCCUGCUGGUGCAGAGCUGUGUGUGAGCCCCGUGGAUCUUGUGCUUGCAAUCUGCAAACCUUUUGGGGUGGGAUGGGGGCCGCAGUGGAGGAAAAUGCAAUCCCUACCAGUUUUGCCUGGUUUUUUUUUUAAUGUUGAGCAAUAUUCUGCAGUGAUGGCUUUUUUAAAAAAACUCUAAGCCCAGUCCGUCUGUUACUUGGGACCUUUUCUAUGUACUGUCAGUUUAAUCGCCCUGCUUGUGUGGUGUCUAUGCGCUUCUGUGGGUUUUGUUUUUUUUUUUGAGGGGGAAGAACACACUUUAGCAGGUGUCUGUGUUGAUCAUCCUGCCUGCAUGUGACCUACUUUGGGGAAGCUCAGAUAGACUACGAACUCAAGCUCUGCCCAGAGGAACUGCGGUGUUCCUUCAAGACAAGGAAGAGCCGGCAAGCUUCUCUGAAAGGCAACAGUGCCCCGAGAGCCGAGGCUUGCUGAUGCAACGCUGUCCAGAUGUUGUUGGGCCUCCCAACUUCCGUCAGCCCCAGCCAGCAUGGCCGACGGUUGUGGACGAUGGGAGCCGGAAUUCGCCAGUAGACAGUCUGGAGCUAUAAGCUAAUUUGGCACAGUACAAGGUGUGCCUAGAUUUGAAGGAGACAAAGUAGAGCCCUUCAGAUAUUGCUGGAUUUCAGCUCCCAUCAGACCCAGCCAGGAUAACCAAUGGUCAGGUAGGAUGAGAGUUCAACCACAUCUUCAGGGCAUCACGUUUCCUGCCCUGAUAGUAUUCCACGACCCCAUUUCUCAGGCCUCAUGCUUUUAAAACAUUAUGAUACCUCUUUAAACAGUCACGGCUUCUUCCCCCUCAAGAAUCCUGGUCACUGUAGUUUGUUCAAGGUGCAGAGAGUUGUUCGGAGACCCCCUUAUUCCUCUCCCAGAGCUAAAUUCCCCAAGUAGUUUAACAAUCAAUCCCUCUUUCCCAGGGAGCUCUGGGAAAGGAAUGGGAGGUAACUAACAACUCUCAGCACCCUGAGAGGGAAGCCGUUUAAAGUGGUUAUGAUAGUGCUUUAAAUGUACAGUGUGGAUGUGGAGACCAUGAGUCGUAUUCAACUAAAUUCUAAUGAACCGAAGUUAGUCAUAUACGUAUUAAUUUCAACUCCUGAAUAGCACUGAAUACUACCCCAUAGAACCAGUCUCUUGCGCAAGGCGUAACAGUUGAUUUUAAUUUUUUUAAAAAAACCAUGUUGGCACAUUCCCUGCUUACGUUUUGAGGCGCUGCAUGGCCCAAACGAAGAUCUGGUUAAGGGUUGAAGGUGAGCGGUCAAAUCUUGUUUCCUUGUUAACCGUUGUUUGCAACAGCAAAAAGAAGCUCUUAGGAUGGAAAGCUGCUUCUGUGUCAUGAAAGUGCAGGUUCCCAAAUAAUCAAACCUUUUACCUCAAGGCUUGGGGGGUGCGUGUGUUGCACGCGGGGAGGGGGGUAGGUACACUGUGGGAAGGGAGGUGGCCGGGAAAUACUUUUUUGUAAGGUUCAUCAGUUUUUUCUAGAAGUUAUAUUCUCUCCAGCCUGAACUGGAGAACCUGCACUUUUUGCAAAUGACACACUCCAGAAUUGACUGUCCCUUGUUUUUUUCUCUCAUGUAUAUAGAAAUACUUUAUUUAUUAACACCAUUGGUCACUUAAAAAUGUAUCCUGCAUUUUCAGCAGCAGCAGCAGAAAAAAAAUGCAAUUUGUCUUUUUUUAAAGAAAAGGCAAACAAACCAAGCUCUAAAGAAUUGGGAGUCCUUUUUAUUUAAAUGUAAUGACUUUUUAACCAACAGGUGCUAUGGAUCUUUGAUAGUUCCCUGUGCUGGGGCUUAUUCCUUAUGUGUGUAUUCGAUUUUUUGUGGUGGGUGGGUGA